CCGGAUUAAUCUUGAUUACGAAACAGCAGUGAAUGUGUGCAUGGAUUAUGUUGGAAUUUAAUGCCUCGUGUCUACGGAAAAAGAAAUUACAGAAACAAGAGAAGAGAGACAGUAUUGAGAUGAGAAGAAAAGAAGCUGAGGAGAGAAAGCAAAAGUUAGAACAAGAGCGUGUUCAAAAGAGGCAAAAAAAAACGGAAAGACUGGAGAAGAAACGACAGAGAGAAGAGGAGGCUGCAGAACGCAAACGGGCACGAGUGAAGGCCAUGGCAGAAGAAGCUGCGGCGGCACAUUUUUGCGCCAACUGUGGGGAGAGAGGACUUGUGGACGAUGAAGAGAGGAGUGUUGAGUGGUAUGAGUGUGACGGGUGUGAAUGCUGGUAUCAUGGUGGGUGUCUGACGCAGUAUGGGCUGAUAAUGGCGGUGACAAGUUUGUGUUAUGGGGAUGAAUGGACGUGUAAGAGGUGUAAUCCUUGGUAGUAUGAAGAAUGCGGUACUGUAAGUAUGUACUUGAGAUUGCGUGCGCGCGUGAAGGCGAGAGUGCGUGUGUGCGAACGUGUGCGUGAAGUUGUGUGUC